CGCCCAAUUGCCGCUAAUUGUCACAAGCAUUUGUUUAAGUCAAUAAACAAAUUAUUUGCAUAGAAAAAAUAAAAUAAACAAUAAUGUUUGUAGGUUGUUUGUAAUAUUUUUACGCUAUGACGUUAGCACACCGUGCACUUUUCACCUGGUUCAUCGUGCUGGUCUUCCUAAUUUUAUUAUGCCUACGCUUGGAUCCACGAACCCACUGGAGUUGGUUUGUCACAUUCAUACCGCUUUGGGUGUUCGAUGGUAUAUUAAUUAUUUAUGUAGUAAUUAAAAUUAUACGCAAAUGGCGCAAUUUAAAACGUCUAAAGGAGCUGCUGAUCUAUUACCAAUGGUAUAUUUGUGGUGUACUACUAAAGAUAGCAUCACAGUUAAUGAUCUGUUUGCGCUUGGAAUACCCGCAGUGGGAGAUCUCAAUAUUUGUCACUAUGGUACCGAUAUGGAUUCUGCUUUCAGCGUCCAUUAUAUACGUAUUUGGUAGAUUGAACAAAAUUGAGUCUUGGUGAUGUGUGUACAAAUAUAAUAAUAUAUAAAGCA